CCUCCGAGGACAAAGUACACUCGGGGUCCUGGUCAACACGCGCGCUCCCGUUGUUGAUGGAGGGUGGUGGCGCGCUGCUCGCUCCCAGGCCGGGGAACAUGGCCGCGCUGCGAGCUGCGAAGAAGGCACUGCGCCUGGAAAUGAAGCGGAAGGUGGCGGCGCUGAGUGACGCUGAGAAGCGGAGGCAGACAGAAGCCGUCAGCCGGCGGCUGAUCGCUCACCCCAAGUACCAGAAUUGCCAAAGAAUCGCAGUCUUUUUAAGCAUGUCUGAUGAAAUACAGACAGAAGAUAUAAUAAAAGAUGUUUUCCAGUGUGGAAAAGAAUGUUUCAUUCCUCGAUAUAAAUCUGGAAGCAAUCACAUGGAUAUGGUGAAACUGGGCUCUGCUGAAGAAAUUCACCGCCUUCCUCUGACGUCUUGGAGCAUUCGUCAACCUGCUGAAGAUGGUUCGCUGGAAGAAGCUUUAACUUCAGCUCCCUGGAACAAAUUGAAAAAUUGGAGGAAAUGAUUGUUCAUUUUCUGAUAUGCACAGCUUAAGG